UCCAGUGACUCAGCGACCGCAUCCAUGCGCUCGGCACUCUCCUAUCCAGCCUGCGCGCUCCUCCCGGCAUCCUUUGCAUUACGUCCGAGCCAGAGAUUUGCUAGUCAUUCCCGGACCGGAAGCGGAAACGAGCUCGUAAGGCACCGGGUGGUCAGGAUGAAGGAGGCUACGGCUAAACGACGAGAACCGGAGGACGUGGAGAUGAAAGAGGAGGAGCCGGCUGCCGGCGGCGGCAGCAGCAGCACCGCCGAGGGAGGGAAGAAGGAGCUGGACAGUGUCACCCUGGAAGAUAUUAAGGAACAUGUUAAGCAGAUUGAGAAGGCGGUGUCUGGAAAGGAGCCGCGGUUUGUUCUUCGUGCACUGAGAGCCCUGCCAUCUACAUCCCGUCGGUUGAACCCCAAUGUCCUGCACAAAGCUAUUAAUGGCUUUUUCACCUCCAACACUACCACCCGUGACUGGCUCCUGAGCUUCUUGGAGGAGAUGAUGGAUACAGAGGGAGAUUUGCAGUUCAGGCCAAGAACAGGAAAGGCAGCCUCUGCCCCUCUUCUUCCAGAGGUAGAAGCUUACCUGCAGCUCCUUCUGGUGAUCUAUCUGAUGAACAGCAAGCACUACACAGAGGCGCAAAAGGUGUCAGAUGACUUGAUGCAGAAAAUCAGCUCUCAGAAUCGGCGAGCUCUGGAUCUCGUAGUGGCAAAAUGUUAUUAUUACCACUCUCGUAGCUAUGAGUUUCUCAACAAGCUGGAUGUUGUCAGAAGCUUCCUGCAUGCAAGACUGCGUACAGCCACACUCAGGCACGAUGCUGAUGGGCAGGCUACACUGCUCAACCUGCUUCUCAGAAACUACCUACAUUACAACCUGUACGAUCAGGCUGAAAAACUGGUGUCUAAGUCAGUGUUUCCUGAGCUGGCUAACAACAACGAGUGGGCUCGCUAUUUGUACUACACAGGUCGGAUUAAGGCCAUUCAGUUGGAAUAUACUGAAGCCAGAAGGACUCUGACUAAUGCUUUGAGGAAGGCACCCCAACACACAGCCGUGGGCUUCAAACAGACGGUUCACAAGCUUCUGAUUGUGGUUGAACUGCUACUAGGAGAAAUUCCAGAUCGCCUCCAGUUUAGACAGCAUUCACUUAAGAGGUCUCUUAUGCCUUAUUUCCUCCUCACCCAAGCUGUCCGUACAGGAAAUCUGGCCAAGUUUAAUCAGGUGCUGGAGCAGUUUUGUGACAAGUUCCAGGCAGAUGGAACGUACACACUCAUCAUUCGACUGAGGCAUAAUGUCAUCAAAACCGGUGUACGUAUGAUCAGCCUGUCAUAUUCUAGGAUCUCUCUGCCUGACAUUGCCCAGAAGCUGCAGCUUGACAGUCCUGAGGAUGCUGAAUUCAUAGUUGCUAAGGCAAUACGUGAUGGAGUCAUUGAAGCCAGUAUUAAUCAUGAAAAGGGUUAUGUCCAAUCUAAGGAGAUGACUGACAUUUACUCUACGCGAGAGCCCCAGCUGGCUUUCCACCAACGCAUUUCCUUCUGUCUAGACAUUCACAAUAUGUCCGUCAAGGCUAUGCGAUUUCCUCCCAAGUCAUACAACAAAGAUUUGGAAUCUGCAGAGGAGCGGCGUGAGCGGGAGCAGCAAGAUUUAGAAUUUGCUAAAGAAAUGGCCGAAGAUGAUGAUGACGGCUUCCCAUGACCUUGACUCUACUCUCCCUCACUUUAUGUUCUGUUUAUAAUAGGGUUUAUUUUUUUUUUGGAUUUGGUUUCAAGCCCCCUCCUGGUGCACCCCUUCCUCCUUUCCCCUCCACAUUGGCCAUUUUAUAAACAGUCACAAGUAUACAUCCGUUUCGCGGAGAACUGGAAGGUUUCUCAAGCAGGCUUUGAAGUAACGGACCACAACUUCCAUUAUGGUGUAUUUAUGAACUCUUCCUUCCUGGCACCCCCCUCUACUGUGCCUACCAUUAUAGGUUUAUUUUCAUUGUCUGUCAUCCUUUCACUGAUGUCAUUCUCCUAUAUCUUAAUCUAUGCACCACCCAUGGAGGACCAGUAGCUCUCCAGCUGUCUAGGAACUUCAACUGUCAGUGCACACCUUG